AUGGCAUUCCACAGAGGAUGGCGAUAUGUUGCGUUUAUUUCAGGAUUUGUUGGAGUUUUAGGUCUCACGUUAUAUCCAAUAGCCAUAAGUCCUAUGAUAGAUGCUUCUGAAUAUAGAAUUGUUUAUAAACCAUAUAACUCAUACUUUUUGCAGGAAAAAUUCAAAGGAGGCAAGGAAAAAUAUCAGACAGGAGGACAUACAACCUGGAAAUAUGAAGGUCUGGACAGACCCAUUUGGACGGAAGAAGCCAGAACGAGAUAG